AUGUCUCUCAAGAAGACUGCCGAAGGCCAUGAGUAUGAGGUCGGUGAUGGCAUCUCUCACGGCUUGCCAUGCGAUGGAGCCAUCACCCCAGCAAGCAACAUGGCCCAGGGAGCAUCAAAGACGUUCGACGCCAUCAUCAUCGGUGCUGGGUUCGCUGGUCUUACAGCUGCCCGUUGUCAGGUCCUUCUACUCGAAGGGCGGGACCGCAUCGGAGGCAGAACAUGGACAUCAAACGUCGAUGGCCAUCUCUACGAAAUGGGAGGAACCUGGAUUCACUGGGAACAGCCCCACGUCUAUCGCGAGAUGGCUCGCUACAAUCUCCAUCGCGAUUUCGUAGUCACCAGUGAUGCGACAGAUCAGCCACGUUCCGUUUCGGUAGAUGAUGAUGGAGAGCUGCACCAGCUGACGCUCGAAACCUUUGACCGUCUAUCUAACGAGGCCUUCGAAGUCUACUGCAACGUUGACGGUGAACAAGGCAAAGCGACGAUCCCGUUUCCUCACGAUUCACUGCGCAACACUGAUGCUAGACGAUACGAAUCUCUGGCUGUCGCGGACAGACUGGAACAAGUACGCGGUUCGCUCACCAAGGUCCAGAUAUGCAUUCUCAAAGGGCUGAUUGAGGGAAUCGUCGGCCACCAAGAUUUCGCCAACGUUGGUUUCUUUGACGUGCUCCGAUGGUGGGCUUUGAGCGGCUACACCACUGCUGGCUUGUACGACUUCACAGAGGUGUACAAGAUCAAGCAAGGCCAGACACAUUUUUCGCUGCAGUUCUUCAAAGAAUGUCUAGCGUCUCAGAGACUCUCUUACGUCUUCAAGGCACGCGUCGCCUCGGUUUCUGACAAGAACGGCUCCGUGACCGCAACGCUCAGCGAUGGUCGCCAGUUUCGCGGCCAUCGACUCAUCUCAACGCUGCCGCUCAACGUCCUUCGAGAGGUCAAGUUCGACCCUCCUCUUAGCACGGCUAGAGACGAAGCAGCACGGAUUGGUCAGGUUCACAACGGAGCCAAGAUUCACUUCAAGAUCGGCGCGUCGGAAACUCGACCCCUGUCUACUCUGCGCUAUUCCAAGUCGAGGAUUGUGAGCACUCUGGGUGACGGCCGCACCGAAAGCAAUGGCUGCCGACACAUGGUUGCCUUUGGAAGAAACGAUGCUUCGCUAAGCACGGUAGAUGAUGCUAGGUCAUUCUACAGCGAAGCACGAGAGGCUUUCCCUAACAUGCCUGUUGAAAAAGUGCUAUGGCACGAUUGGAGUCGGGACGAGUUUGCCAAAGGUGGCUGGUGCAUGUAUCGUCCUGACUUUGCCUUCCGAUACCUCGAAGCCUUGAGGAAGAGAGAGGGCAACGUGUUAUUCGCCAAUGCUGAUUGGGCGCUUGGAUGGCGCGGCUUCAUUGAUGGAGCUAUUGAGGAGGGAACCAGAGUAGCAUUCGAGGUGAAGAACGAGCUGGCUGCCUCUCUCGUCACCAAGGCCCAUUUGUAA